CAAUUUUUCUUCUACCAUUUCAUUAAUCACUUUUGUGGUUUUCAUUUUGGCAAGGUGCAAGGAAACAUAAUGUCUCAGAUGAUCAGUAUAAUAUCUACCUUCUUCGUCGGAAUCUGUCUUGGUCUUUCACAAUCGUUGAUAGAUACUAUGGACAUGGAUAAACGAGUGCUUCUGAAUAUUUACCACUUGGAAACAUCAUCCAAUUGUCCAGGUAACUCGGGGCUGUACGAUUUUGAGCGAAGUGUAAUCAAAGCCAUCAACUAUGUUCGCUCCUUGGUACCCGCAGGCAAUAAGACACGUUUUUUAGCCAAUAUCCAUGAUACAAGGAUUCCCGGGUGUUUCAUACAAGAGGAGGACAGAUCUCUUCUCCUUGUUAAGUACCUUAAGGAUAUCAAGUCCGAAGCAUCUCACAAUGAUGGAUAUUCUGUUUUUAUUGGACCGCCCCACCAAUGUGAUUGUAAUUUGGUGAACGCUUGGAUAAGUGGCGGCUCUCCAGAGGAAACCCGUCAUCAGCAACUCUACCAAAUCUCCUACUUCUGUCCUCUCAUCGGGCACAACACUGUGUUUAACAUCCAUCUGGCUGAUAGCACCUCCUCACAGCUCACAACACCAAUAUCCGCAGUUGCCAUAGCACCUUCAAAUACAAAUAUCUUACGUGGCCUUGGUGCUUAUCUUAUCACCAAGGGCUGGAGAAACAUCGCCAUAUUCUAUGAACCACUCUCUUAUAAACACGGGAAUCUUGUUGAUUUGAUGCGAUCAAUUCCAAUUCCCUUGAUCACUACAAAACUCAAACAAUGGGCUCUUAUGAUUCAUCAAAAUCAACCAAUUUAUUUCGGAAUGAAUUUCACCAGGUUGCUAUCAAAGUUUGAGGACAAUCUAGAUGCCGUGAUAAUAAUGGCAAAUCCAAGCCUCGCGGUCGAAUUCCUGAUUGGAGCUCAGAAUGUGCGCUGUGUGAAGGAGGGCUCAAUAGCCAUAAUUCAGACUAACCCCACAGAUAUGUUUACUUAUGACUCCCUGCGGAAUUGGCGAGCAGUCCUAUCUGUUGCACCACCCACUCUAUCUGCUGGACGAUCCCUCAUUAUUCUGAAUGUCCUGCCUUUCGGCACAUUGUAUGAUGACAAUUCAUACAUUUAUCAGGAGAGGAUUAAUAUUGCGGUGGCAAAUGCAGCGGCAGUGGCUAUGCGCUUGGUGCAGAUUAACUUGGAAGCUGGUGAUGGAAACCUCAUCCCGGCCAUGGGACUUUUUAAUGCUCUAAAGUAUCGUAAACUUUUCUACGUACCUACUGUCCCGAAUAUAACAUUCACUUACAAAAUUGACAAAGACAUAAAUAUGGAGGGUAUAUAUGAAAUGCUCUUCUUUGCACUCACACCAAAAGUCACAGAAAGAACCUUGGCAAGUACGAGUAGUAGUGAUUUUAAAGAGAUCUUCUAUCAAAUUGAUGUUUUGAAAUAUCCUCAAAUCCAUCCCUGGAAAUUGGCUGAUAUGAAAUGGCCGGGAGAUGGAAAAGGUCCUUCGAUACAUCGAUGUCUUGCAGCUCCAUGCGAUUUCUUUUCAAUGCGUUUUACCUGGGCAAACUUGAAUCAUUUUAAUCUUUACCUUUCUGUCCUUUCAAUAAACCCAUCCAACUUUAAGGAAGAUCCGGUGUGCAUUAAACAGCUUGGAGUGCCCCGCUUUCCAUUGCAUAGCAAAACGAUUGAGUAUUUGGGUAGAUUGAGAGAACUUCGACAUUUGAAUAUCAACACUUUUGUGGGAUGCUGCUUGAUUGCUGACAAGUUCAGCUUCGUUUACGACUUUUGCCAGCGUGGUUCUCUGCAGCUUUUUGAUCGCAAUCUAUUAGAUAAACUUUGGAUGGCUCCAGAGCUAUUACGGGAUUGUGCAAAUGCUCAUAAAGCAACGAGAGCUGGAGAUGUCUACUCAUUCGCUAUCAUUUUGCAUCAAGUGCUACACCAGUGUGAACCCUAUGGACGAAAUGACACUCCAGUUGAGGAAAUUAUCGCAAGAGUAGCUUCAAAAGAAUCUCCCCCACUUAGACCAGAAAUUAACUGUGAUGAAUUCUCGCCGGAUUUUCUCUCCAUUCUGGAGCGAUGCAUGUGUGAGAAUCCCGAUCGACGACCCUCAUUUAAAUACCUUAACGAUGAGUUCCAGAGAAUGCAGAGCAAAAGGUGGGACACUUUCCUAGGUCUUAUCUACUUAACUUGUAGAAAGGUUAACGUAGUGGAGCAUAUGAUUCAGCAAUUGGAAAAGUGCUCGUCACAUCUCGAAAAACAAGUGGCGGAACGAAAGAAGGAAUUGGAAAGUGAAAAUAAAAAACAGAGUAUAUUAAUAAGCCGGAUGCUCCCCCCAAUUAGUGUUUUCCUUCUUCUUCUUCUUCUUUGUCCCACAUAA